AUGAAACGGAAAAACAGCGGAAACGAACGGAAGGAGCAGGGCCGACCGGAGCGGACAGGAAAGGAGCAGAAUGGGAAAGCAGAGGAGCGGAACGCAAAGGAGCGGAGAGAAGGGGAACAGACAGGAGAGGAAACGGAAAGGAGAAAAGUGGAAAAGAAAGGAGCGGAAAGCAAAGGAAAGGAGCAGAGACGAGCGGAGAGCAACAAGGAAAGAAAAGAAGCGGAGAGCAAGAAGGAAUGGAAAGGAGAGGAGUGGAGAGCAAGAAGGAAUGGAAAGGAGAGGAGUGGAGAGCAACAAGGAAUGGAAAGGAGAGGAGCGGAGAGCAACAAGGAAUGGAAAGAAGCGGAGACGAGCGGAGAGCUACAAGGAAAGGAACAAGGAAAGGAAAGAAGCGGAGACGAGAGGAGAGCAACAAGGAAAGGAAAGAAGCGGAGACGAGAGGAGAGCAACAAGAAAUGGAAAGAAGCGGAGACGUGCGGAGAGCAACAAGGAAUGUAA